AUGGAUAGGUUCCGGAUGCUCUUCCAACACCUCCAGUCCAGCUCGGAGUCGGUGAUGAAUGGCAUUUGCCUCGUGCUGGCUGCUGUCACAGUCAAGAUGUACUCCUCCCUCGACUUUAACUGUCCCUGCCUCGCGCGCUACAAUGCCCUCUAUGGCCUGGGCCUGCUGCUCACACCACCUCUGGCCCUCUUCCUCUGUGGUCUCUUGGUCAAUAGACAGUCUGUGUUGAUGGUGGAGGAGUGGCGUCGACCGGCAGGGCACCGGAGGAAGGACCUGGGUAUCAUCAGGUACAUGUGUUCCUCCGUGUUGCAGCGAGCUCUGGCAGCGCCCCUGGUCUGGAUCUUACUGGCCCUUCUUGAUGGGAAGUGUUUUGUGUGUGCCUUCAGCAACUCUGUUGACCCUGAGAAGUUUCUGGAUUUCGCUAAUAUGACCCCCAGCCAGGUGCAGCUCUUCCUGGCCAAGGUGCCCUGCAAGGAGGAUGAACUGGUUAAAAACAGCCCUGCACGCAAGGCAGUGUCUCGGUACCUCCGCUGCCUGUCGCAGGCCAUCGGCUGGAGUAUAACCUUGCUGGUGAUAGUGGUGGCCUUCCUGGCCCGCUGUCUGAGGCCCUGCUUCGACCAGACCGUCUUCCUACAGCGGAGAUACUGGAGCAACUAUAUGGACCUGGAACAGAAGCUCUUCGAUGAGACAUGCUGUGAGCAUGCGCGGGACUUCGCUCACCGCUGCGUGCUGCACUUCUUCUCAAGCAUGCAGAGCGAGCUGCGAGCCUUAGGGUUAAGUCGGGACCCAGCUGGUGGAAUCUCAGAGUCACAGGAGCCCCCGGAGCCCCCGGAGGACCCGGAUAGUGGAAGUGGGAAGGCUCACCUUCGUGCCAUCUCCAGCCAGGAGCAGGUGGAUCACCUCCUUAGUACCUGGUACUCCAGCAAACCGCCUCUUGACCUCACAGCAUCCCCCAGGCUCUGGGGGCCUGGCCUCAACCACCGUGCCCCUAUAGCUGCUCCAGGCACCAAGCUGUGCCACCAGCUCGAUGUAUAGGGAUCUGACAAGGCUCCAACAGCAGCAGUUUUCCCGGGUCAAAUUCCCAUGUUGGCACGGGUCUGGAAGCCAGCCAGGCCCUGUUGGCCUCCUCCUCAGAUGGCCCAGUAGCUACCUAGUUUCUGGGUGUGUCCUCCUCUGUGGAGCCGUUCCCUCUGGGCCCUGAUCAAGUUCAGAUUCUUAUUCAGCGCAUUCAGACUGAGUCCCUGAAUCUGUCCUUUCCUUCUUCCCUCCCUCCCUCCUCCCUCCCUCCCUCCUUCCUUCCUCCCUCCACCCUUUCUCCCUCCUCCCUCCCUCCCUCCCCUCCUCCCUUAUCCUUUCCUUCUCUCCUCAUGCCCGCCCCCUCGUGUCUUUUGAGGAAGAGUCACACUUCAGCUGUCUAGCUGAAGAUGACCUUGAACUCUAGGCAUGGGAUUCCUGGCUAGCCUCUUGCCUCAGGCUCCCUUAGUGUUAGGAUUACAGGCGUGAGCCGCCACUCCCCAAUUUCCAGAGUCUCGUCUCUAACAAGCCCCCACACAAUACUGGUUCUUCUAGUCAUUGGAUCAACUUUGAGUAGCCACAGUCUGAAUAAAUCUGUUGUGGAUCUGGGUCAUAGACGUUGACACCAAAUUUAAAAACAAAAAUUUACCAAAA